AUGGGUGCCGUACUAGGUCUAUGCUCAGCAGCUCAGUUAGCUUGCUGCUGUGGCAGUGCGGCAUGCUCCCUAUGCUGUUCAGCAUGUCCAUCAUGUGCCAAUUCGACUUCAACUCGUCUCAUGUACACUCUUAUGUUGCUGCUAGUGAUGGUGGUUGCUUGUAUUACUUUGGCUCCUGGAUUACACGAUGAAAUGAAAAAGGUACCAUUUUGUCAAAACUCAACAGCAAUAAUACCAGGAAACUUUAAAGUAAAUUGUGAUGAAGCUGUUGGCUAUUUAGCUGUCUACAGGAUUUGUUUUGCGGCUUGUUUGUUUUUCACACUUAUGGCAUUGAUUACGAUUGGAGUAAAAUCAUCAAAGGAUCCUAGAGCUGGAAUUCAAAAUGGAUUUUGGGGAAUCAAGUACUUAUUAGUGAUUGGUGGUAUUAUCGGUGCUUUCUUCAUCCCCGAAGGCCAAUUUGCUUAUACUUGGAUGAUUUUCGGAAUGAUAGGAGGAUUUGGUUUCAUUGUCAUACAACUUAUAUUGAUCAUAGACUUUGCUCAUUCCUGGGCUGAAAAAUGGGUUUCUAAUUAUGAAGAAUCUCAAUCCCGCGGCUGGUACACGGCGCUGUUGUUGGCGAUGCUAACAUGCUACGCACUCACACUCACUGGCAUUGUUCUGCUCUAUGUUUACUAUACCAAGACGGAUGGUUGUGACUUAUCCAAGUUCUUCAUAUCCUUUAACCUGAUCCUGGUGGUGAUAAUGAGUGCGGUGUCCAUCCUGCCGUCGGUGCAAGAGCAUCAGCCGCGCUCCGGCCUGCUGCAGUCUGCCGUCGUCUCGCUAUAUGUCAUGUACCUGACUUGGUCUGCCUUAGCCAAUUCUGCUGGGGAAUGUAAUGCCAGUAUUUCUGCUACUAAUCAGGAAUCUAAGGAAGACAUUUAUUGGUCAUCGUUCGACAAGCAAUCAAUAAUCGGUCUGAUCAUCUGGGUAUGCAGCGUUCUAUACUCAUGUAUCCGCACCGCCUCCUCUUCGUCUAAGAUCACUAUGUCAGAACACAUCCUCGCUAAAGAUGGCGCUGCAGGCCAAGGAGGGCUCAUUGCUAACGAAGACGGGGACGGCGGCGAGUCCGGGGAAGAGACCAAGGUGUUCGACAACGAAGGCGAUGGCGUUGCCUACUCCUGGACCUUCUUCCAUAUCGUCUUCGCACUCGCCACCCUCUACAUCAUGAUGACACUCACCAAUUGGUACAACCCGAGCUCCCAGUUGUCAAAGGAGAAUGUGGCGUCCAUGUGGAUCAAGAUCACGUCGUCGUGGCUCUGCGUGGGCCUCUACGUGUGGACCCUGGUCGCACCCGCCAUCUUCCCAGACCGGGAAUUC